AUCUAAUGGCCAAUCGGGUUGAGGCGCUGUUGGCAGCCUUGGAGGCUUUUGUCUCGGAUGACGGAUCCAUAUUAGGAAUUGAAGAUGUCGCUCCUCUAGUUGAGUCCAUGGAAAACAUCACAUCAGUCGAAUCGAAAUGCACUUUCGUUAACAUCCUUCUCAAUACGAGUAAAACUACAAUUCUGAACAAAUUUGUCGCGACUGGAGGCUGGAAAAUUCUUAAUAGAUGGCUUUCAGAAGUUUUAUCUGCAAGCGAAAACGACUCGAUGUUCAUUGAAGAACUCUUGCAUGUUUUGUUAAAACUACCAGUCACUAUUGAUCUGCUAAAAGCGGAAAAAUCUACCCCACUUAUGAUUAAAAGUUUAUCAAAAAACACUAAAUAUAACUCCGAAGUUAUAAAAUUAUCAUCUCAGAUUGUAAAGCAAUGGACUGAAGUGAUAACGGCGGAAAGUAAACCCAAAAAACAGGCUAACAGUGAAUAUUCACAUAAAUCGAAAUCCCAUAAAAUAAAGACAGAAUCGGAAAAUUCAGAAACGAGUAAGAUUAAAAAACAACAUGCUCCUCCAAGCAGCGGGGCUCGCAAAACGGGCUUGGAGGAAGAGACCGCUUUGAAUGCAGUUCCAACUAAAAAGCGGCCCUCAAUUGAAAUGGACCCCUCAAAACAUUGUACAGAGUUGAAAAAGGCCAAAAUAGAACCCCAAAACAACGAAACACAAACUCAAUUACAGCAUAAGGAAAUUAAAGAAGAGCCUAAAGGAGCUACUAAGGUUGAAACGGAAAGUGAGAUACAAAAAGAAAAAUCGGAUCAGAAGCUGACCAAUGAAAAACCACUUGUUUUGCAACCACCAAUAUCAAAAACAAUAAAUCCUGAUCCUCCAAAGCCCAAACAAGCAGUACUUUUAACUCAGGAUUCUAUGUUUGCAGAUGCUCUGUUUAAACCAAUGGCUCCUGUAAAACUGAAAGUGAAAUCAAAGGUUAAAAGAGAAAAACACGAAAUCAAAUCGAAAGAGACUAGCAAAGAAAAUAUUAAUUUGACCGUUUCGCCGACUAAACAAGUCAGCUCAGAGAAAGUUGGCAAAGAUGGAAAAGAAGCUGAAAUGGAUACGGAUUCUCCAACUGAGACAGAAGAAAAAUUAAUUGCGAAAGUUGAAGAUGUCGCUGAAGCUAAGGAGCCGGAAGUCAAAAAAGUCCCUCGAGAUCCUAGUUUGGGUCCGAAGCCCAUCCUUAUUUAUAUCAGAGCAGGUAAAAAAACCAACAGGGUUAAAUUUAAAGAUGACGAUAAUCUGGUUCAAGUUGAAUACUUCGAAGUCGAGGAUGGAGAGCGGACGAACUUCAGAAAACAACAGGAUGCUGAAAGGUACCAAGACUACGCUAAAAUCGAAAUGAUAAGGGAAAAGAUGACGUUCCAAAAACUGAGAGGUUUUUCAGACGCUCCUGCGGGGGUGGAAGUUGACGAUUCGUGGCGUCUGGCGUCAUUCGAGUAUCCCGGAUCCUUUGAUCAGUCGUUACUAUUCGGACGCGGGAAAAAUAGCACGGAACGCGAAACUCAAAAUAAACGAGAAGUGAGCGUUUUGGCCGAAUUGCAGUUUGACCGAUCUAAGAUUCCAUACUCUCCCAAAGAACCAGACAGAGAACACUACGAACUAAAAGAGCCAAUUGUCAUUCCCUUGGGUGAUCUGAACCCUCCGAUAGUAGAACAGAUGUUUCAAGGAUCUUCUAACCCGCAAGAAUCUCCACAUGAACUGGUAGUUGUUACAUCACCAACAGAAAAGCUUGCGCCAAUUAACACCCCACUCGAACCUUCAAUAACAACCCCAGAUGUAAUAACAAUUGACGAUGAUUGCGUGAAGGUUCCAAGAGCGCCUCAGGAACUAGUUGCCCCUGUGUACAAUCAAGAUUCGGAUUUAAGACUGGCAAACAAACAGGAUGAACGUCAAAACAAGCCCCCUAGUUCUACUAGUAUGUCUGUGAACGGAAACACUGAGGCAAGGGGAGGUCCCACUACCACGCAAGCUGAUUUCAUGCCGCCUCAAAUUCUGCUUAAAAACAAUAUCCCGAUUCCAGUUACAUUACCAGGAGUCUUACCGCGUCCAAACUUCGCACUCAGACCGCCUUUCGAUCCGAAUACUAUGGCUCUUAAUCGCCCACAGAGACAAAAUUUUCAGCAACCGCCGCAUCCCAUGCAAUUCGCCGGUAGAAUACAACGCCCUCCUAUGCCUAUAAAAAGUAGUUUUAACCCCAAUCAGAAUAGGUUUCGCGGAGGAUUCAACCCAAAUCAUAGACCCAGACAUCUUGGUCCAGGACAGAACCAAAGGUUCAACCAGCCCCAAAAUCAAAGACCAAGGCAUCCCGGGAACCAAAAUUCUAAUAGACCGACUCUCGACGCAUCUCAAGUCUGCAUGUUCCAUGCUCAAGGCUAUUGCAAAAAUGGGGACAGGUGUAAACUUGUUCACGUUCCGAGGGGUCCACCGGCUGCGCCACAAGGAGAGACGUACAAGAAGGAUAUCGACCUGAGAGACUUUUUUCAAAAUUGAAAUUGUCCAGGUGUUUAAGCUGGAUACAUCGACUUAAUUCAAUCAAAUUGAAAACUUGAAAAAUGAAGUUGCCCGCCCGGAAAUAAUAGUUUCGUUUUGACUAAUUUUUUUGCGUUUGAGUUCAUUUUGAAUGGUAAAUUGUCGCCUCCGACAAUUUUAGUUUUCUAUUUGCUGUAUUUAUCCGAGCCUCAAUUAA